CUGCUGCAGAGCUGCUGGGGAGGGACAUGAUGAACAUCGACGUGCACAACAUCACCUACACCAGUGCCACAGUCUCCUGGACCACCACCAGUCCCUGUCCGGAGAACUACUACCACGUCAUGUACCGCCCCAACUGGAACAGCGUCUUUGCCGGCUAUUUGCGCCAAAACUUCCACCGUGAGGAGCGAGUUCCCCACUCCCUCAGCUCCAUCAUCCUCCAUCGCCUCACGCCCUCCACCAUCUAUGUCCUCUGCAUCAUGUGCAAGAACUCCUACCCCUCCAGCAACCACUGCACCACGUUUCACACGCUGGACCAAAACCCCCUACUUUUCAGCGGCUCUAAGCACGAGCCCACCACCUCCAUGUGGAUGGUGAGCAGCCUGUUGCUGCUCUGCUUUAUAGCUCUCUUAGUCUACGGCUGCCUGCAGUUCUGGGCUGCACAGUGCUGUGGGCCUUCCAGGCCAAAGCAACAUGAUGCCAGCCCUGAAGAAGUGGGUGAAGGCAGCAGCUCGCUGGAUGGUCCUCUGAGUGAUGGACUGAAAGAAGAGCUUCUGGAAGUGCCCAUGACCACCGUGCUCAUGAGGAGCUCUAGUUUCAUGAGGGAGAGUCCGUAUAGUUCCCCACGCUGCUUCUUCCCCUAUAAGAAUAGUGAUGAUAAGACAGCCAUCUUGCCGCAGCACGGCCUUCAGUGAGAGCAAAAUAAAGAGAGGCACUGCUUGGCAGUCUGGUUCAUGCUGCUCUUUCCCAGCUCUUCCCAGUUUGUGUAUGCACAGGGGCUGUUUCUCCCAGGGUAAAACAUGAGGUAGGAACAUUAUCUGCAGGGAGAAAAGCUUUUUCAAGUGACAAAAAUAUUAUCAUUCACUGAGGGGUUUUUAAAAGGAAACAAAGUAAGC